AGCAGGUUAAAAUCCAAAUAAAAUACUCCCCGUUUUAUAAAGAGAAAUAGCCUACUUCAAAUGGUGUUAUAUAGACAGAUGUAGGAGGUGGGGGAAAAACUGCUCCCAACCCAAGUCCUCUGAGUCUCCCAUUUAUAAUCUCUUUAAUAUAAAAAGCACAUUCAAAUUCUUUUUGUUUCUACAACAUCGUGGUGAGGUAGGUUAAUAUAUUACUCCUAUUUUACCAAAGGGAACUUAAGCUAUGAGAAUAUUACUUGUCCAAGACCUGGCUGAACAUAUCCUGAACCUAUUACUAUAAUAAAGCAAGGAUAAUCAUACAUAGAUUUUCAUGGGUGAACCUCUAUAUGAAUCUCCAUAUGAAUAUUAAAAAAAUUACUACAAGGAAGUUCCCUUGCUUGUACUCCUGCACCAGGACACAAAAAAAGAUAAUAGUACCAUUCUCUUUGUUAGUAUCAAACACAUGUGUAUGUGCAUAUAAAUGGAUCCUUAAAGCCUUCUGUCUAUUUGGCCUCAUUUAUACAAGACAGGCAGAUCCUUAUGCAUACCCAUCAGGUGUGCACCCAAAUGUUGUACACAAUGUCUGAACCACACUGGCUAUACUAGGCUUGGCUAAACCCCCACCUCCUCUUUUCCACACAACUAAAAAUGGCAUUCUUUGCUUAUAGUAAAAAUCUGAAGACUUUUAUUUAAAGAUACAUGCAAAUGACUAAACCAUUUAUCAGUUUGUGCUUCCUGUGCUGUCUCGUGGGUGUCUAACCUUUUUCAAAAGGAUGAAAAACAACCACUUUGUUAAACCGACAAUACAAUGUGUCAAUUUCAACAUCCUUUCAUCAACAGUUCAGUUUCAGUUCAAUAAAGAACAGGUCUUCUUUUUCAUGCGAAUUUUAAGAAUUAAUCUAUAAAACACUUUCCAUAGGCAAAUGGAGCUGCAGUAUUUCCAUGGAAAUAUAACAAAAGAAAUUUGCGAAGAAUUAUUGAGCCGAAAAGGAAAGAAUGGAAGCUUUCUAUUACGAGACAGUGAGAGCAUACCAGGAGUCUUGUGCCUUUGUGUUCUCUAUGAACAGCUUGUUUACACAUACAGAAUAUUCAAGAAACAUAAUGGACAUUAUAUGAUUCAGACUUCUGAAAGAGGACCAAAACAGGACUUCAGAACUUUAAAAGAUUUAGUUGCUAACUAUGAAAAACCUAAUCAAGGAUUAGUAAUCCAUCUGUGCUAUCCAGUAAACAGGACUGAAUUCCACCAGGGAUCUCAGCAUCACCAUGAAGAUCCAGGAGAAUAUGUUGAUUUCUGAGGAAAGAAGAAAUUAAGAAAGGCGUUACAUCUUGUAAAAAGCUGGAAGUGAGAGUAUAUGCUGAAGCAUCUCAUGGGCUUCAUCAGACCAGCCCAUGCAGGAAGGAAUUAAAUUAUGCCUGCAGCCUAAUCUAAAACAUGUUAACUCAGAAGUAAGUUUAUCUGAAUUCAGUGGACAAAUCUCCAAAUCCAAGAUUGGAACUCUCUGAUGCUCCAGCUGCUUAACCAAGCCAGCAUUCAAGACCACAUAUAAACUCUGAAAAAUAAAGUUUUUGGUUUUGAUA